ACAAGAUCUUACACGUGUGCAAAAGCCCUUUAAUCAUAUUAUAAGCAAGAUAACCUUAAUUUUGUAACACCGUGAUAACCUGUUACUAAUUUCAAUUAGUCCUUUAUAAUUUCACGUUAUACCCGGAAAAGUUUCCAAUUAUGAAAAGUCAGUUUCUUGCUGAUUAUUAACUUAUCAGUGUUGGUUUUUUACAUUAAUAGAUUACAGAAUUAUUUAUAAACAAACCGGGCGUUUUAGACCGAGCGAGAUGUUACCUGCAAGAUUCACUUAAGUGCCGCGUUAAUGGGCUAAUUAGUUGAUAAUUUGCUUGGCCAACUUGAAGUGGGAACUGCAACAGUUAAUAGCAACUCAAUAAAAAUCGUGAACAUGCUCUGUGUAAGCGGAAACUUCCCGGACUUUCCGCUGCCUCUCCGUUCGUCUGGCUGGAAAAAUGUGGGAGAACUCGGGGAUCGUAAAUCGCGAGCGCUGAUUACGAGCGUCGAAGGUAAAUCUCUAUACUCGGGACUAGCCUGCUAACCCCUCGAAAGAAUGUGCAAUUAUUAUAAUAGCUGGUCGAAGCUCCAAGCUGCCAGACCUAUAGCCCUGUGGUUAGCACAUCGCGAUUAGAUUCAAGCCGACAGUCGUGAAGGGAUGGAGUCUUGGCAAAAGAUAUCGUGGGUGCUCUGCAUAUUCGGAUUCAUUCGCGAAUUGCGGCCAUCCGAGCCAUAUCACGCGGAGAUCCUGAUGGGUGAGUGGUAUCACGUCACCCAGGAUGAGGUCAACCGACUGGUGUACCCGGUGGGCACCUACUCCUACAUGGCUCUCUUGAUCUUUGUCUUCCUCAUUACGGACCUGCUCAGAUACAAACCCGUGAUCAUCGCAAACGCUAUUACGGGAAUCUGUAUAUGGGGCACUCUGAUCUGGACCAGCACCUUGGGUGGCCUGCAGGCGGUGGAGGUCUUCUAUGGAUUCUACCAGGCAGCCGAGGUCGCCUAUUACUCGUACAUCUAUGCGAAAGUGGACAAGCAGUACUAUCCCAGGGUGACCUCACAUACUCGUGCAGCCAUGUUUGUGGGAAAACUGGUGGCAGGUCUUCUAGCGCAACUUUUGAUUGGAAUGAAGUGGAUGAACUACAAGCAACUCUUCUACAUUUCCGCGAGCUCUCAAGUCGUAGCAUUGCUUUGGGCCUUCGGUCUUCCUAAGGUGGAAAAAAGUUUGUACUUUCACAACCGAACAGAACAUAUAGAAGGUGACUGCAAAUCAGAUGAUAGAGGCAUUGAAAAGGGUACAGAUCUGAACAAACCAGAUGAAACGGAUACGAAGACGACAAAUAAUUCAAGUGAGAGGACUCCUGCAAGGCAGCUUCUUUGGUCACAUUUCCGUAGUGCCUAUACCAAUCCCUUGGUCUGUCAAUGGAGCUUAUGGUAUGCAAUUAGCCUUGCAGGUUUUCUGCAAAUUACUACCUACAUGCAAGUGGUGUGGAAAUCCUUCGAAAACGAGCCCACGAUUGUUUGGAACGGUGCUGUGGACGCUGCUUUGACCCUUCUGAGCGCUGUUUUUGCCCUCCUCGCUGGAUACUUUCAUGCCGGACGUUUGAGCACCAAGACUAGCUUGCUUUCGAUGGCUCUUCUUUCGAUCCUUGAAGGGGGCUGUGUCCUCCUCUCCAGCUGGACCGAAAAUAUAUACCUAUCCUACCUUGGAUAUGUGCUUUAUGGCGGAUUAUUUGGAUUUACCAUAACGGUGAUCAGUUCUGAAUUGGCCAGUAGUUUACUGGAGGACAGUUUCGCCCUGGUUUUUGGUUUCAACACGUUUGUGGGUCUCAUUCUGCAAUGCAUCCUCACAUUUGCGGUUGUCUCUGAGAAGGCCAAUCUGAACCUGGAUGUUUUCCAACAGUUUACUGUGUAUGGGUUUUAUUUUAUAGUUAUCGGAGUCGUUUACUUUUUAGCUGCUCUUGUACAGUAUUUGUGGUCAUGCUUUAGCAAAUCGAAAACAAUUCAAGAGGAAAACUAAUUUCUCAGAAUUUGUAAUCAACUUUUAAGAUUUUUUUAUGUUUUAAAAUGUGUUCAGUUUUUCAUUAAAAUAAAUGUACAAUUUACAAAGUA